UCAGCCAACGAGGAAUGGGCCUGGGUAACCUGUGUACCCGAGUGGGCAGCAUGAUCGCCCCCCUGGUGAAGAUCACGGGCGAAGUGAUGCCUUUCAUCCCUGCCAUCAUCUAUGGGGUCAUUCCCCUUCUGGGGGGAGCCGCCGCCUUCUUCUUGCCAGAGACCCUCAACACGGCACUUCCAGAGACAAUAGAAGACGUGCAAUGCCGGAAAAAGCCCAAGGAGGAGACAGAGGUUCAGUCUAUCCCCCUGCAGUCCUGUGAACCUGGGAAGGGGACCAGCUGAGAGAAGGACGAUGGCCAGAGCCACCUGCUGGAGGCCCCGCUGCCCCUGGCCUCUCCCGAGAAGCAGCCCCGGCCCUGGCUCCUCUGGGGAGACGGAGCUCCUUUCUCACCCAGCAUGGGCUUGGCCUGGCCUUUGCCACCCGGAGCCCCUGCCCCCCCCCAACACCCUGGCCCUUUGGCCAGAGCCAUCCGGGGCCUCCAAGUACCCGAGACCCUCUCCAGGGACUGGACAAAGCGAGGCAGGAGUUCCCUACCCCAUCCAGGGCUCUGUCUGUCUGUCUGUCUCUGACUGUCUGCUGUCACACACACACACACACACACACA